UCAAUCCAUCCGUCAAUCAAACAUUCCAUUCCAUAUACAAAAUUUACUUGAUCGUUUUCUAGAAAGAAAGUACGAAAUUCCCAAUUAUUAUAUUUACAAGUAAAAGUGCCCGUCAGAAUUAUUACAAUAAAAUGAAAACUGGAUUACAGACGGGGAUCGUCGUUGGCUCCAAGACCCGGGUCCGUUGCAUCUACUGCGAUGUGUUUAUACCAAAGGCAAACAAAUGUAUCGAGCAGCAUACUAACGGCGUAAAACAUAAAGAGAAUAUCGAGCUAAUGUCCGAGAACGGUAUAAGUCUAACAAACGAAGUGUUGCACUGUAAACCUUGCCAGGUGAAUCUUACUGAGGGGGAAUCGGUGUCAAAACAUAUAGAUGGAGAUUCGCACGCAAAUUGGAUGGCCGCUAUAGAAGACCUCGUGGACGGUGAGUUUAUCAAUAUAGACGACUAUUUAUCGUGCGACAGAGAUGAUGUAACAUGCGAAGUUUGCGAUAUAACGCUCAGUUGUACUCUGGAGAGUAUACAGGAUCAUGUGAACUCCUUUAAUCACAGAGCCAAAACUGUGGACAGGCUGAAACCGCUCAAUGGUAUAUUUCGAGUCGAUAAUGACGCCGAAGUGUGGUGCAAAAUAUGUGAUGCAUACAUUGAUAACACAGUGCAAGGCAUCCUGGAUCACAUUGAUGAUAACGAGAGUCACAUGCAGUGGUUCACAGACAUCGAAGACUUGAUUGAAGACCAGGACAUUUCUAUAGAGGACUAUCUUGCUAAUGAACAUGAAAUGAAUGCAUUUUGUAAUAAAUGCAAUGUCCAUAUUCCGUGCACAGUAAAUAAGAUUGAAGAACAUGUGUACAGUGAAUCUCAUCUUAAUCAGUUCAGUUAAUCUAAAGUGUGUCUCGCAGUUAUAUUUGAAAACUAAGCUGAAUAGCCUUUUUCAACUCUGCUUUUCUAAACUCUUAGCAGUAUAAUGCCAAUUUGCUGUAUCAAGUCAGUAUCACACUUUGCCAUAACCAUUUUUUCCUCAAUAUUGCUAACAGAUAUGAUGCAAAGAUAAUUGUGCAAAUACAACAGCAAAGUGUGCUGCAAGCAUUAUCCUCUAGCCACCCAGAGGCCUAUAAACAGGUCCUUCUUCUUCUUCUUCUUCUUCUCAGCAUAUUUGCGUCCACUGCUGAACAUAUGCCUCUUUCAUGGAUUUCCAUGUUGUUCUGUAUGCGGCGGUUCUAUGCCAGGUCGGCCCUGCCGUCUUUCUAAUGUCGUCCGACCAUCUGGCUCGUGGUUUUCCGUCCCUCCGGCUUCCCAGUCGAGGUCUCCAGAACAGUACUCGCUGGCCCCAUCGGUCGUCAAACAGGUCCUAUUUCAUUAUAAGUAAUUAAAAUAUUUAUUAAGACAAAUCAAAAUUGCGUUUGUCUUGCCAAGUUUUGAUGUCUGGGCGGCUAAAGGUAACUUAAGCUAGACUAUCUUAAAAUAUCUAGACAAGCUAACUUUCUCAGGUGUACAUACAUAUAAUAAUAUAUACUACAGUAGCUUUAUAAAUCAGUAUAUCUCAAUUGAAUAUAAUUGUUAACUCCGUACAAAAAGUAUACAUACUGUUGAUACUAAUUAAAGGGUCUUUUUUGUGUCAAGCCCUUGGUCCAAAAAUGGUACUUUAUGCCCACUCUUGUAUAUUGAACAGGCCUUUUGUGCCUGCCAUUUUGCUAUACCACCCAAAGCCCCACUGGUUGGGAACUCACUGAUCUAGAACCUUUACCACAGUAGGCCUAGCACAGCAUGGGCGCGACCAUAUCUCACUAUAUUUAUCUCUAACUUUGAAAAUUCAACUAACUACAUAUUGGUCUCCUAAGCAUAAUUAGUUAUUAAGAAUAUCCAGCUUUCAUUUUAUUGAUCCUCACUGAGUCUGUGAAAAAAGGAUUUUCUGAUCUAAACAUUAUUGUUAAUAUUAACAGAUUUCCUAUAUAUGACAAUCUCAGAUAUUAAACCCCGAACUGAGCUUUGUCACAACCAAGAAUGUGUCUCAUAAGUUUAUUCUGUGCAGAUUUUGUGAAAGUUAACAUGUUGCCUGCCCACCAUACUACACCUACAGUAUUGCUCCCAUGCCCAAUAGAAAUUGAAGUGACCUUUUGAUCCCACCGGUGAUGCUCAUGGCAGCCAACAUGUUAAAAACAAUGGAAGUGUACAAUGUAACUAACAUAACAUUCCCUAUCAAUGUUAUCAAAGUGGACAGUGAACCAAGCCAUGCAAAAAUCCAAGAAUAUUAUAGUAUGCAAUUACUUACACAUAAAAUAUUAAAAUGGACUUGGUUAUGUUACAUUGUAGGGAAUACCUAAGGAUUUCAUACGCAUAGGGUUGGGUUGUGCCAAAACAUUGAGGUAAAUACUACUUUCAUAAUUAUAAUUCCUUACCUCAUAAAACUUGUAUACUAUCUCAAAAUAAAUCUCAGAUAAGUAUCCCAUAUUUAACCACCAAUUUUUUAUGUGUGUAUAAUGUUAUUUAAGAAUUUCUCUCUUACUAAUAAGAGAUCAAUUACCUAAUCAUUAAAAUAAUAAUAUUGAUUCUAAAAUAUAUUUAUUUUUAUAAUCUGACAGGUGUUUUUGACAAUUAACCUGUAAAUACUCUUAUUAUUAAGGGAGGAAGUAAAGAAAAGAUGGACUGAAUGUAAAAUUAAUAUAAUUGUAUAAAUAUGUAAUAAUAAAUGUAAUGAUGCAUGCAUAUAUUUUGCAAUAGAAUUUAGUUCACUAUUGCAACAUUCCUAUGCUAUCGUUUUGCCGUUUUGUGUUCUAAAAUUAUUUUAAUCACAAUUCUGUUACAUUCACUAUGCAUAUGCCAAUUCUGUUUCAAAGCAUGUUUUUAAAAAGUUAAAUAAAAUAUUUUGUUUAAAAGCAUA